AUGUUUGCAGUUGCGUUAAAAGAUUUGAAGAGUCUACGUUUAGCUGGCGUAUUCGAAUAUCUAGCAGGUCAUUUUACUGAAGAAACUGCAAACGCUUACCUAGUGAAAGGUCGCCAUGCGAAUGACUUGCCCGAAAUGCAAACGUUCGCUGCUUAUGAUGAAGGUCGUUUCGCAUACUGGCGGUUCGUUUUUGUUUUGUUUUUUUGA